UCCCUACCGUCCUUACUGCGUAUGCUCCAGGGAGCCGGCACCAUCUUAGUGUGCAUGUAGUUAUGGGUAAUGAUCUGAGUUGAGGGGAUGUGUGUGCUUUUCGUAGUGUGAACUCGUAGGAUAUAUUUGACAGAAGGGUUAUAACGUUAGAUCAAGUACAUUUUUGAUGCAGAAGGCAAACUGCUGGUAGGACUCUGCGGCUCAGGCAGAGAGAUGCCAGACUGUUUUUAGGGCCGGAUGUAUGAUCGAUUGCCCUUGGGUGCCGUAGAGAAGGGUCGCUGCGCAUGCGUGGUCCGGCCUCUCUAGUCGAGGCGAAGAGUGGAAAGGAGUGCAAGGUUUUUAGUAGACCAUGGAUAUCCAUACUACCCAACCUGACAAAACUUCGUGGUGACUAAAGUAACACUAAAUGUUCAUGAGGAUUUGCAUCACAUUCCAGAGAUCUGCAAUACACUUGUAUGAAUACGAUAGGUUUAACUAUUGUAAAUGUUAAAAAUCUCAUUCUCCAAUGAAGCAUCCAGGUUUAUCAGUAAUCUUGACUUUUAAUUUUUGCGUAUUUGUUUGUGGUUUACAUAAUGGCACAAAUUACAGUUCUGUCAUUGUGCGAAAGGGCAGCUCUGUGCCACAUGAAGGAUCUAAUUUCCUUUCAAAUCUACCAACGCAACGUGACCUAAUAGUGAAAGAAGGAGCAAGUGUGUUGAUUGAAUGCAAUGUGAACAGUAGCCAGUUUUACAACAUUGUAUGGUACAACUCAAAGGGAAGUCUCCUUGAGGAAAACAGCAAAACAGUUGGAAAAUGGCUUAUUUUAGAUGGUGGAGAACUGAACAUCACCAGUGUUACAUUUGCAGAUCGAGGUCGUUACACAUGCGUUGCAACAAACUCUCAUGGCACUUCAAGCUACACAGUCACUCUACGUGUUGUCUUUACCACAGGCGAUAUGGGUAUUUAUUACAUGAUAGUUUGCCUGAUUGCUUUUUCUAUUAUUAUGAUACUGAACAUCACUCGCCUCUGUAUGAUGAGCAGUCACCUCAGGAAAACUGAAAAAGCAAUCAAUGACUUUUUCAAAAUGGAAGGAGCAGAGAAGUUACAGAAAGCAUUUGAAAUUGCAAAGCGUAUUCCUAUCAUCACAUCAGCAAAGACACUUGAGCUGGCUAAAGUAACUCAAUUUAAGACCAUGGAGUUUGCCAGGUAUAUAGAAGAACUUGCUCGGAGCAUUCCUCUUCCACCUCUUAUUUUGAACUGCCGAGCGUUUGUAGAAGAAAUCAUUGAGGCUGUGCGGAUGGAUGAUGCAGAGCAGGCCCCAGAUGAAGAGAACAAAGAGGGGCAGGCAGUAGGCUGUAAUGAUGAGAUCUAUAGUAUAGGUACUGAAAUUCAAUGCAGCUGUUCACCUGCAGGGGAAUCUGAUGACUCAUACAUGCAUGAGGAGUGUCAAGAGAUUGCUGUUCAAGUCUCAGUACAUUCUCAGUCAGAGAAGCAGAGCAUUGACAGUCUUUCUCAAGGAAGCAACCAAUUGGAACACUGAGAAGAACUUGUCCAAGAUAAAGACAAAACAAAUGGUGUUCUGUGUGAAAGUCGCAUGUAAAUACUGCAAGUUUUCUUUGAUACAGGUGAAUUUUGAUAAAGAAGUGUAUAGUAACUAAAGAAAAUGGCAACAGCACAAUUUUUAAUAAGAUGGUAAUAUUCAAUACAUAUUGCGCAUAAUUUCCACCAUAAUGACAGUCAAUACAUGUAGCUUGUAGCUGCCACUGGUGCAGUGAAACAUAGAAAACCUACAGCACAAUACAGGCCCUUUGGCCCACAAAGCUGUGUCGAACAUGUCCUUACUUUAGAAAUUACCUAGGGUUACCCAUAGCCCUCUAUUUUUCUGAGCUCCAUGCAUCUGGCCAGGAGUCUCUUGAAAGUGAUUGAAAUGUUUGCUGCCACAGGUAUCCAACAAUGCAUGGUAUCAGUAUAAAUGACUUUUCUAUAUUAAUAUGUAGUUGUUUGAUAAUCAUACUCUAUUUAAUGGAUGUUCAGGUGACUUAUUUAAAUUUAUAGAAAGAACAGAACUGUGUUAUUUAACAGCAACUGAUUUAAUGCUGUGCAUUCUUGGAAAUAUUAGCUUGUCACUUGUAGUGAUCAAAAACCAUAAUUUGACAAGUUUUCAGAUGUGUCGGGGGGAAUGAACUUGAUGUUAAGUUGAGUUUGAGUUUUCUGUGGAUGCACCACCAACUGAAUUGUAAGUUGCAAAAUUGGAUUAAAAGUGAUUGUCUACUACUAGUUCAUAAUUGUUGGGAAAAUGCAUGAGGUAAAGUUGUAGCUAGUAAUUCUUUGUGUUUGCUUUUAAUCCAACAAAAAGGAUUGAGUUAAUAGUGUUACCUCUUUAUCAUUCAGAAAUGUAUAUUUUAAAACAUUCUUAAAUUAUUUUACUACGCAGAAGUAUGCAAGGAUUUUCCAUGUUGAUUUUGAUAGAAUCCCUGAAUUUUAUUGCAAGUUCAAGUGUUUAAUUAUCUUUAGUAUUUCAAACAAGGAAAUUUUUUCCUAUAAUUUGUUACUUGUAUUAAUCCCUCUGUCAACCAGCUGUAGCAUAGUUUAGUAGCAGCUGUGAUUGAAAUGUCUUGAGAACUAUAUCCAAGAUGUGUCUGUAAUAAAUUUGCAUUAGUAGCAUCAAUGAAAUGUCAAUGUUAUGUAGCAUUUUGGUUGAAAUGCAGUGGUGCUUUAAAUUGAACUUUCAGAAACUGCAUUAGAUUGACUUAUACCUCAACUGUUCAUUUUACUAUAAUAAGAGCCAAUUUGAUUAAUUCCAAUAGUGGUGUUUCAACUCUACUAGUAUAAAUGCUGAUGUUUAACACAUCUAUGGCUCAAAAUACUAUAGGGAUCAAUGCAUACAGGAUUGUAUUUUUCUCAUUUCCUCGAUUAUGAUUGGUUAUCAAUUAUAAAUAGAAUAUUUGAAAAAUUCUCUGAAGUUUCUACUUUAUCCAUUUUCAAAGUGUUAGCUAACUAAAUGUCUGCUGUUGGAGAAAAAAAUCUUUAGGGUGUUGCAAUUGUGAGAUGUUGUUCUGUUGUGAUAUGUAUUCCGAUUUCACUUUUGUAGAAACUACGAAAUUGUUGGUACUGAUGCUGUGACUGUUUCAUCAGUUAUAUUCUGAUAUUAAAAUAAUUAUUCCAUGUACAAGCAGUUUUAUUAACAAAGCUGUAUUCAAUUAAUCUUCCAGGUAUAAAACAAUGAAACUUUCUAAGCAAAAAAAAAAUUAAAAUUAAACAGCAAUUUACGAAGUACA